CCUUAGACUGCACUUAGUGCUGGUACCGUGAGAUAUCAGACCCUUCCUGUUUGUUUCGUGUUGCUCCUCCUCUCUCUUGAUACUGUGAUAGUAACAGAAGAAUGGAAAUAGGAAAGAUGUACAAUUAAGAAUAAAACCUUCUUGACCUUUGUUCUUCCUCACACCAUCAAGUACUGUACAGUAUUGGCAGUUGCUUCAGAAGAUGACUGCAUUGUUUGUUUUACUGACGUUGUCCGGGAACCAGCCCCGUAUGCAGAGGUCUACAGAAUGUUUAUAGUGUAAAAGGUGAACCGUCGCGCGCAGUGAGUUAGCACGACGGUAGUAACGUGAAAGGGGUAACGGUGCAGGUGAUGCACAAGACACACCGGUGGUGACAGGAACCUCGGGUAGGAAGUGGACAGCAGUGAUUGUGCUAAGCCGAGCCAGGCUCGUUCACACCUGCCAAGCCAUUGAACCAAAACGUGUCAGGGCACCAUGCAGUGCUUUUGGGGUCAAGCACGACGUCCAGUGUACAAGGACAGGAUACCCCAGGACGCUUCCCACAGUGUGGCCAUAGAAAACGCAGCAAGGCUUGGUUUGAAAGGAGAUGCUGACCUUGAGUACCUUCUGACUGGAAGUCGAAUGGACAAAGUUAAGUCCAGUACAUGGAAGAAAGAAAGAUUUUACAGACUACAAGAUGAUUGCAAGACAGUGUGGCAUGAGUCAUCCAAGCUCCUAAAAUCAAGGAAAUCACAAAUUUUUUCCGUUGAUGAUAUUGAGGAUGUGACAAUUGGCCAUCAGACUGAAGGAAUGCAGAAAUAUGCAAUGGAAUAUCCUGCCAGCCAGUGCCUGUCCAUCAUUUUCAGGGGAGAUAAGAAAGAUCUGGAUCUCGUUGCAAGUUCAAGUGAAGAAGCCAGUCACUGGUUUUCUGGUAUCAUGAAAAUCAGACAACAAUUACAUAUAAUAAGUACGAAACUGAAAAUGGAACACUGGAUUUAUUAUUGUCUUCAAAAAGCAGAUAAGAAUAAAGACAGGAAAAUAUCAUUUGAAGAACUGAAAGAAUUUCUCAGUUUGGUGAAUAUUGAAAUUGAUGAUGUCUAUGCAAAGGAAAUCUUUCAGAAAUGUGACAAGUCAAAUUCAGAUACUCUAGAAGAUUCUGAAAUUGAAGAAUUUUGCAAGUUACUGUUGAAGCGAGAAGAAAUCAGUGACCUUUUCUCAAACUACUCAGACAAUGAUAAUAUCAUAUCAACUUCUCAGCUGGCCAAGUUUUUGUCAUCAGAACAGUUCCAAAACUUAGGUGAAGAAUAUGCUGUUUCUCUCAUUGAGAAAUAUGAAAUAAAUGAGGCUGCUAAGAAAGAAAACCUUAUGACAGAGGAUGGCUUUUUGGUUUACCUUUUGUCUCCCGAUGGUGAUAUAUUCAAUCCAGCUCACAGAAGACAGUACCAGGACAUGACUCAGCCUCUCAGCCAUUACUUCAUCUCCUCCUCCCAUAAUACCUACCUGACAGAGGACCAGCUAACAAGCCAAAGCAGCACAAAGGCAUACAAAAGGGCCCUCAGUAAAGGCUGUCGCUGUGUGGAGUUGGAUUGUUGGGAUGGUCCUAAUGAUGAGCCAGUGAUUUAUCAUGGAUAUACACUCACCUCCAAAAUACUUUUCAAGGAUGUUAUUCAGAAAAUCAAGGAUUAUGCUUUCAAGGCUUCUCCAUACCCAGUAAUACUGUCCCUGGAAAACCACUGUAUAGAACAGCAAGGAGUAUUGGCCAAACAUCUCAAGAAUACACUGGGCAGUAUGCUACUGACUGCACCUGUAAAUGAAGACAUUACUGAACUGCCUUCCCCUGAGGAAUUGAAAGGAAAGAUUUUGGUGAAAGCUAAACUGCAGAGUCAUGGGAAAAACAGCAGUCAAAGUAGCUCAUCGGAAGAAUCAUCCGAGGAAUCUGAAAGUGAGGAAAAAGAAAGUAAUAACACACAAAAGAGUAAACUGCUGCCAUUAGCCAAGGAACUCUUUAAACUUGCGAUUUACUGCAAGAGUGUUCGUUUUGAAAAAUUCAAAUAUCCCCUGGAAAAAAAUGCUUGUUGUGAAAUGAGUUCUUUUCCUGAGUCCAAGGCCAUGAAGCUCGCAAAGGAGUCAGCUACAAGUUUCAUUCAUCACAAUACCAGGCAACUCAGCAGAAUCUAUCCAUCUGGCAGCAGAAUAUUCUCUUCAAAUUACAGUCCCGUGGACUUGUGGAACAUUGGAUGUCAACUAGUGUCACUUAACUUCCAGACAUCUGGAAAAGAAAUGGAUCUUUAUCAGGGGAAGUUUCAUGACAAUGGUUGCACAGGUUACAUUCUGAAACCCAAAUUUCUCCAGGACAGCAACUCAAAAUUCAAUCCUUGGUCUCUCACUCCAGGAGAGUGGUUAAUGCCCCAGAAAUUUGUUGUCAAGGUAAUCUCAGCUCAUCAACUGCCAAAAGAGGGGACCACUGUGAUGGACCCCAUUUCUGAUCCAUUAGUAGCUGUGGAGAUUUAUGGUGUUGAGCAGGACUGUGACAGGAAGCAAACAAUCUAUAUUUCAAAUAAUGGCUUUAAUCCAGUGUGGCAGGAGACCUUUCUGUUUGACAUCAGUAUCCCUGACCUUGCUCUUGUUCGAUUUGUGGUGGAGAACCAUGGCACACUAUCCAGUGAUUUUGUUGCACAGUACACAUUACCGUUUACCAGCAUACAGACAGGAUAUCGCCAUAUACACUUAUUAAACAAGGAUGGUAAACCUAUUCCUUCAGCAACUCUGUUUGUGCAUACUAGGAUUGUGGAUCAGCAAGAAAGUAACCCCAGUGACUCUACACCUUCUAAAACAACAUGAAUAUCAUUUGUGGAAAAAAAUAGCAAAGAUAUUGAAUAUGAUAUCAAGGAACCGAUGUCUAGAAAGUUCUGGAAAGAAUAGGCAUGAUUGUACAUUGUCUGCAGUGGAAACCAAAAGCAUCUGAGCAUCUAAAGCAGUGAUGGCAAACCUUUUGGGCUCAGCAUGUCAAAAAUUUGGAAAAUGCCUAUCAAGACUCUGCUGGUGUGUCCCCCCACCCCGCACGAACAAAAGAGAAAAUGAUUCACAUAAAAAUACAUUCCAAUCAUGUGUGCUGCUAUGUAUUAUAAAAGUAAAAAAAAAAGUCAGUGACUUAGAAUAGAGAAAACAAUAUGUGCACUGAUGGGCUUUAAACAGUGCACCAAAAAAUUACCUUACUUUUAAUAGUAAUUUUGAAUUGAACUGAAAAAAAAUAUGGAACACACUACAUUUGAUUUGAUUAACAUCUUUUAAUGAUUUUUUCUCUUGCUGACUUUUAAUAGAUAAGUGGAGAGUCACAUAUUUCUUGUAUUUUUGUUCAUUCAGUUUCUUUGGUAGCUCGGGUAUUUGUGAAUGCUGGUGUAUCACCUAAAACGUCAUGGCGUGUCACCUUUGACACACGUGUCAUAGGUUUGUCAAUUUUCACCACUGAUCUAAAGCAAAGGAAUUGGCACUAAUAUGGUUUAUUUUUGUAGGCAGCCAGCUCCUGAACAAAAAUUUCAUUGUAAAUGUUUACCUAUCAAAAAUGACAUGCAGCAAUAUAAGAAUCAGAAAAUUAACUCUUUCAGUUUCAAACAUUAUAGUAGAUCAUAAAGGCUAAGAAUGAACACACAAACUCCAUAGAAACAGUGAAUUUUCCUACCUACUGUCUCAGAAAAUAUUUAAAUGUGUUAUAUUUAAAUUUCAAGGCAGUGCUGAAAAUGAUUUAACAUGAUGUCUUUUAGGGGUAGUUAGAAGCAUGCUACUGGUGAUAAAGCAAAUAGGCAGAAUAACCAGGAAUACCAAUAUCAAAGUCUGUACACUGUAUUGCACAUGCUAAAGAGUAGAUCUGAAAUAAUCCCACACAGAUGUGAACUAAUAUUAAACUCAACAUCAAAGUCUGUACACUGUAUUGCACAUGCUAAAGAGUAGAUCUGAAAUAAUCCCACACAGAUGUGAACUAAUAUUAAAUAUUUGAUGAUGUAUGUCAACCAUGGCAGUAAGACAGUUGUUGCCUGGGAGCAGAAAGGAUCUGGCUGCUGGUUCUACUGGGAUCUGUUGAUUAUCCAGCAGGUAAACUUGACGUAGUAGUUAGGAUAAGUGUUCCUUAUCUGGACAGAGAAGUUUUUCCCUACACUAUAACAGUAACAUGUAUUGAAGCUCCUAGAUAUGUACAGAAUAGAAAAGGUACCGGUGCGAUGCUGCAUUAAAAAAAAAAAGAUCAAGAAAAAAGUCGUUUCAUUUCACUGAUUUCAUUCAUUCUAUGUUACCUGCUUAAUCAGAUUCAUCAUGACAGGGGAGCUAGCACACAACGAGGAACACACACACACACACACACACACACACACACACACACACACACACACACUGCAUAAUACACAUACUUACAGGCAGUCUAGAGGAACAGUAGACCUGUGGCACAUCUUUAGGAUUUAGGAGGAAACACAUAUUGACCUAUUUUAAUAAUAAUCAAAUACCUCUAGCCUUUUCACUUUUUACAUUUAAACUAAUCUUUGAAUUGUUUUUGCUUCUCUUUCAUAUGUACCAAUGUUUGCAAUUUGCACCAUUGCUGACCAAUCUUUUACUAUAUAAAACACAAGAUAAUAUUUAUAAUUAAAAAAUAAUUUUGCAAAUGUAGAUAUAUUUCACAGAAUUUAUUUUUGGAUGUUUCAAAAGAACUGCUUAAUAUUUCACAACUCUAGAUACUUUGUUUCUUCUGCCUUUAUGAGGACAAUUUUUAAUGGUAUGAAACUUUUCUAGAAGCAAAAUGGCUUCUUUAUAUUUUUUUAACAGAAAGACAAAUCUUGUUUAUUAUGGGUAUUGUAAGUUGGCCUUAAGUAAUACUAUUCAAUAAUUAUUUUUAUGGUUGUAGUCUUUUCUGUAUGACUUUUCCCACAAGUGGUGUAUAAAGUUUUAGUAAUUAUUGUUUGUCAUCUCUCAAAACCACAGCUAUCAGUUCCAUCUAAGAAAUGGAUACAACUAAUCUGAGAAGAAAUAAAAAGCAUGGAUUAUUUGUGAAAGAUGUAAGGUCAUCAACUAACCUUAUGUUAAGUGAUAUGGUGUUGAUAGCUUCAUGUUCAUGGAGUGAAGAAGUGUCAUUCCAGAUGUGUAGAUCUUUGGUAAUGACAAGUACAUCAUCGCAUAUCUGUGUAGAUGAAUAUUCUGUUAUAGUCUCUCAAUUAAAUCUAAUGCCAUCACAAAAAAA